UAACAAUACAGUCUGAAGAGAAUUUGAUAAUCAACUUCCGAAAAAAUCUUUACCCGCCAAAACUGAGAGAUUACAUACACAAGCGCAAUAUAUACGUUGAUGUAUGUGCCAUCUUGAAAAUAUCGACAGCAAAAGUUAGUAAACAGUCCAAAGGGUCAAUGAUAAAGUAAACAUUCUUCCAAUUUUAAUGUAUUUGUAAGAAGGUGUUUUCAUUUGAGUUAGCGCAAAAACUAGAAAAUAAAAAUGCAUCGCCGGGGUGGAAAGCGAAUUCGGAUGGAUGAUCCAGUCCCUCCAGAGUAUGAAACAGCUAUGAUUACCACUGAUGCCUACGGUGGUGAUAAUGCUUACGGAUCUCAAGCAUCAGCGCACGACUUUCAAGAUAAUGACCCAACACUUUCUGCUCUGGGAAAUAUGAGAAUAACCAGAAACACUCGAGCCAGACUGAGAGGAGGACCUAUUCAGCAGCCAAAAUACAAAGAGAUUGAUGAGGAUUUUAUUCCAACUACACCAAGUACUAGUAAACCUCGUGGAGGAGGAAGAGGACGUAAUAAAAGAGCACAGCAGACUUAUCAUCUAGAAGAUGAGACAAGUUUGUACUAUGCUGUUUUCAACAACAAAUCAACUCUCACAGGCAUUGUUGAUGAGUGGAUUGAAAAGUAUAAAGUUAAUAAAGAAAAUGCCUUGCUCAUGUUGAUGCAAUUUUUCAUCAGUGCUAGUGGUUGUAAGGGCUUGAUUACUCCAGAAAUGCAAACUUUAGAACAUGUCCAUAUCAUUAGAAAAAUGACUGAGGAAUUCGAUGAAGAAAGUGGUGAAUAUCCUCUUAUAAUGACAGGUCAACAGUAUAAAAAAUUCAGAUCAAAUUUCUGUGAUUUUGUGCAAAUUUUGGUGCGCCAAUGUCAGUAUUCCAUUAUCUACGAUCAAUUCCUCAUGGACAAUAUUAUUUCAUUACUUACUGGAUUGUCCGAUUCACAAGUUAGAGCUUUUAGACAUACUGCAACUUUGGCAGCUAUGAAGUUAAUGACUGCUUUAGUAGAUGUAGCCCUGACUGUUUCCAUAAAUUUGGAUAACACACAGAGGCAGUAUGAAGCUGAGCGUCAGAAGGCUAGAGAAAAGAGAGCAGCUGACAGAUUAGAGUCAUUGAUGGCAAAGCGAAAAGAAUUGGAAGAGAAUAUGGAUGAAAUUAAAAACAUGCUGACGUAUAUGUUCAAAUCUGUUUUUGUACACAGAUACAGGGAUACCCUUCCAGAAAUACGUGCAAUUUGUAUGGCAGAAAUUGGAGUUUGGAUGAAAAAAUUUCAUCAGAAUUUCCUUGAUGACUCUUAUCUAAAGUAUAUUGGUUGGACAUUACAUGACAAGGUAGGAGAAGUUCGAUUGAAGUGUUUGCAAGCAUUACAGCCAUUGUAUGCCUCAGAGGAAUUGAAAACCAAGUUGGAAUUAUUCACUAGUAAAUUUAAAGAUCGCAUCGUUGCUAUGACACUGGACAAAGAGUAUGACGUUGCAGUACAAGCUGUCAAAUUAGUUAUCUCCAUUUAUAAGCAUCAUCGUGAAAUUUUGAGUGAUAAAGAUUGUGAACACGUUUAUGAACUAGUUUAUUCUUCACAUAGAGCUGUUGCCCAAGCAGCUGGAGAAUUCGUGAAUGAACGAUUCUUUACUUCCAAUGAAGAAAUUGAAGUGAAGACUAAACGUGGUAAAAAGCGUCUACCAAACACACCAUUUAUCAGAGAUUUAGUCCUGUUCUUUAUUGAAUCAGAGCUUCAUGAACAUGGAGCUUAUUUGGUUGAUUCUUUGAUAGAAGCUAACCAGAUGAUGAAGGAUUGGGAGUGUAUGACUGACUUAUUAUUGGAGGAACCUGGACCAAAUGAAGAAGCUCUAGAUAAUCAGCAAGAAACAUCUCUAAUUGAAAUUAUGGUUUGCUGCAUCAAACAAGCAGCAACAGGUGAGGCACCAGUUGGUAGAGGUCCUACCAGGAAAAUUCUUUCAGCUAAAGAAGUGAAACAAGUGCAAGAAGACAAGCAAAAAUUGACUGAGCACUUCAUUCAAGUGUUGCCUCAUUUAUUAGAUAAAUAUCGUGCAGAUCCAGAAAAACUGGCCAACCUUCUAUCUAUACCUCAGUAUUUUGAAUUGGAUAUUUACACCAAGACCAGGCAAGAGCAAAAUUUAGAUUUUUUACUGCGCAAAAUUCACGAUAUUGUUGAUAGGUCACUCAAUACAGAAGUACUGGAUACAGCAGCUAAAACUCUAGAGUACAUGUGCGUUCCUGGAUCCGCUAUUUUCACAAAAUGCGAUGUAGCAAGAUCAACAUUGAUAGAUGCCAUUGUCAUUAAGUACAGAAAUGCCAUCAAUGAGUUUAGAAAUGCCAUUGACGGAAAUUAUCAGCCAAGCGAGGAUGAAAUUUUUGCUGUUCAAGAAUCAUUGAAAAAGGUUGCUAUUUUCUAUAGUUGCCACGAUAUGAAUAACAGUGAUAUUUGGGAUUCAUUAUUCAAAGAUAUCAAGGAAUCAAGAUACAGAUUACCAGAUGAGGCUGUAAAGUACUGCAUCAGUGCUUGUUUGUUUUCUAUAAUUUGGUCACAGAAUGAUUUAAUAAAUUCUGCAGAUUAUGAUAAUCGAGCUGAAGAAAAAUGUCAAAGACUGAAGCACAGACUACAUGAGUUUAUGAAAUGUAUGAGUUAUUUCAUCAAUGCAGACGAAGUUGACAUUCCAACUAUAAUAAGAGAAGAAGCUUACAAUACUAUUUGUGAUUUACUUGUAAUAUUUUGCAAUCAGUUAACCACUCAAAAAAAUCCUCUGCUCCAUCAGCUUAUUUAUGACCCAAAUCAAAAUAUGCAGGAUAUGCUAAACAGAUUCAUUCAGCAAUAUGUUUUUUCUGAAGUGGAAGAAGAAGAACAUGAUGAGCAUUCGAAGAUUGAAGAACUUCAUAAAAAGAGAAAUUUCCUUGCUGCUUAUUGCAAAUUGAUAGUCUACAAUAUGAUUCCAACUAAGGCUGCGGCUGAUGUCUUCAAACAUCACGUCAAAUAUUACAAUGAUUACGGUGAUAUUAUCAAAACCACAAUAGGUAAAGCUCGGGAUAUCAAUAAAACCAAUUGUGCUCUAACAAUGCAACACAGCUUAAACAUUCUGUACAACGAGAUUGCUGAAAAAGAAGGCAAAGUCAAUAGAAACAGUGAAGAGUUUACUUCGGUGAAAGAACUUGCCAAACGUUUUGCUCUUUCUUUUGGGCUUGAUGCAGUGAAAAAUCGCGAAGCAAUAACAGCUUUGCAUAGGCAAGGAAUUUUAUUUGCAGUCUCUUGCCCAGAUGACAUUGAACCGGAUCCCACUGGACCCCCACCAAAUCUCUCUUACUUGGAAAUUUUAAGCGAAUUUACCAAUAAACUUCUGAAACAAGACAAGAGAGUAGUAUUAAAUUUCCUUGAUAAGCACCUUCAAGCAGGUAUGCCGUCUUCUAGGGGAGAAGACUGGCAACCAUUACUUUUAUACAGAAAUAGUCUUCUCCACGGUGAUACUGACACAGUACCAAUAACAAGCAAGCGAGCUUACACCAGACGUAGGAAAGAUCAAAUUGCUGAAGAAGAGGAGGCUGAUGAAGGUGAUGAAGGCUCUGACCACGAUUUUAUUGGAUAUUAAAUGAGAUGUUGAUAAGAAAAAUAGACAAUUAUUAAGUGGAACUGUGUGUAUAAGCGUUUCAUCUAGAUUAUUUAUUUAAAGAAGUUUUUUUAUUAUUUUGAUUUAAUAUAUGUACCACUGAAGAUUCUAUCAUUAUCAAUAUUACAUUACUUCAUAUAUUAGCAAAACUUAUUUUGCAUUUCACUGACUUUUUCUUAUGGAAUAUUGUAAAUAAAAUUGUAAUCAAUCUCGUAUUAAAGGUGAU